AUGAGCUCUCCAGCAAUACCCGUAACGUAUACUCUGCCUGGAGUCAUGCACUACUUGCAAACGGAGUUUACGAGAAAUGAACGGGAUCGUCUGGGCUGGGAACUCGAAAGAAGCGAAAUGAAGACCCGUAUCGCGCAAUUGGAAGGCGAAAAUAGAACACUGAGGUACGAGCUAGCAAAGUUCAAGGAUACAGAAAGUAUCUGCAGCAGAAACACAGUAGAUUCCUCCAUUCAAGAGCCACUUUUACUGAAAUCAAAGCUUGCAGUUCAGGAAAAUGUAAAAGAAAUUGUUUACCUUUUAAGAAGCCCCAAUGUCACAGAGCAUCUCCAAGGUUUGCGUGAUACCAGUGAUGCAGUGCACAGGCUUGAGAGUUUGAAUUUGAACGCCAAGAAAUCGCAAGUUUCAAGCCCAAUGACCCAACAAGGGCCCCUAACGCAUAUGGAUCUUAACCCUCAGCUAGAACACGGCUCAACGCAGCUGCGUCAGGCAGCUGUGGCUUCGUUCUCACCAGAAGAACCCUCUUUUCAAGCUGUGCGUGUUGCAAGUUUAAGUGAUGCAACAGGAGAUGGUCCUCAUGAAGGUGGUUCGGAAUCGGGCACCAUUGUCCCUGAGGAGACACCUGUACGUAGGCCAAGAGCAUCCUCCCUAUUUUCCUCAGUACCUGGAAGUCCAGCGCCUAAUGCAGUUCUACGUUGCAAACGCCUGAGAUACCAUCUCGCCGGAAUCGAAAACCUCAUCAUUUCUCAAUACAACAUGCUUUCGUAUGCAAGAGACGGGUUGUUGAAACAUUGGAUGAUAGAACCAAAUUUGAAUUGUAAUGAGAAACUAACUAAGAGUUUUCAUGGCCUCGGUUCAAUGGUUUUGAAUAUGUUUUGGUUAGACAAUCAUAGCUUCCUCACUGUAGACAAUUUUGGGUUAAAAGUCUGGCAAACAUCCGAAAGUGCUCCGCUUUCCACCCUUGAUGUUUUCAAUGAUGAGUUAAUUGUCAAUUUCUCAGACAUACAAAGCGUUGAUUUCAAAAACAAGUGGUUGAUGCUAACGACCAGUCAUGCUGUCCACAUAUGGGAACUUUCGAUAAACGCUGAUUCCAUCAAAAUCGUGAGCGAAAAUACAUUGGACAAAUUGGGAACUUUGCUUGAUUCUAUUCUUGGCAUGACCGAAAAAUCAUUGAUCAUUUUCAAAAAGGACCCUUACGAGCUGGUUAUCUAUACCUUUCAAAACGAAGUCCUGCAGCGGAUAAGUUUGCAAGAUGACAUUGCCGGAGUUUUUCCCGAUUUGAGUCUCAUCGAUGAUUCCUGUCGUCGCUUGCUAUUGAACAAGCGGAGCUCUAAGUUGUUAAUUCAGUUAGGGGACUUCAUUGCGGUGUACUCUUUCGACCGUAGGAAAACGGUUCUCGCCACGCGUUUGGAAACGACUCCGACAAGCCUUGUUUUCCGUUCUCCAAAAGAUGAUCUAAUUCUUGCGUUUGAUGACGGAACUAUUGAAAUCAGGAAUAUAGCCAGUUUUUCGAAAGUUUGGAAAUCUUACAACCAUUACGAUGACGAAACCGAAUACGAAGACGAGAAUGCUCCGAAAUUAGAAAAAAAGACAGAGGAUAGUACACUAGCAAAGCUGCGGCAAAAUGGGCACAAGGGAUUAAUCAUCGAUACCGCAGACAUAGAUUCUACCACCGUCAUCAUUUCAGGUGGGGACGACGGUAUGAUCAGAAUGGAAAGGAUCACAGAAUGCACUUAG